AUGAGACGACAUACCGCCAAUUUGGAUGACUUAGAAGCGCUGCAGGAUGAAUUUGAGGAAGCCAAGGCUGACUCAGCUCAAUGGCCAUGUGACGUUAAACUCAUCCAUGAAGCCAAAAUUUUCGAAGAUAGGAUCGCCGGAAGCAUAACCCUUCGCAAGGCGGAGCUCGAGGGCACCUACCAGGAGCCUCCCGACCAAUUGGCUCUCGCUGCCAUUGCGGACGGUCUAGAUGAGGCCAUUGAAGUGGGCGUGCAAGCAGGCGUAGCCACACGAGAGCUUGAGACAGCCCGGUAA